ACAAUAAUAUUGUGUCGGAACUCGGAAAUUCGGAAUUGCGCCCGAAACCGACCCGUUGGCUGACUUGUGGACGUGUUUGGAUUGAUUGAUUGUGAAUUUUCUGGCGUUACAAGGGCGUGUUUGGAGAUAAUUUGCAAAGCACCAACUGCAGACUUGAUUCUUCCAAACGGAGGAAAUUUCCUUUGGAUCCUAACUAGGGGUGAGUAUUGCACAUAGAACAUACUGGAAAUGGAAGCUGAAGAAUCGUCAUCAUUGCUGCUACUCAAAGAAGAGGAGGAGGAUCUGGAGGAGGGUCCAACUGAAAAUGCAGAUGACAACUCUUCAUUUGCAGACCCAUUCUUAGAAGUCAAGGCAGAACCGGAAUUUUUUGACUAUGGUGAUUUUGAUGUGAACUGUUCUUCCCAAUCUACUAUUAAGAGUGAAAAGGACAGCUCUCCAAGCUGUGAUGCUGAGGGUGGAAAGAAAAAGAUCUGUAUUGGAGAAGAAAAUAGACAUUUGGGUAGAAGCAACACAGCAGGGAAGCGAUUAACUUCUGAAUGCCAAAGGACAUUUUCAAAAAUUGACAAGCUGAAAUCCCACAUGAGAACUCAUACGGGAGAGAAAUCAUAUACUUGCUCUGUAUGUCAAAAAAGUUUUUCUUAUUCAGGUACUCUCAAAUGUCACAUGAGAACUCAUACGGGAGAGAAACCAUAUACUUGCUCUAUAUGUCAAAAAAGUUAUUCUGAUUCAAAUGCUCUGAAGUAUCACAUGAAAACUCAUACAGGAGAGAAACCAUAUACUUGCUCUGUAUGUAAAAAAAGUUUUUACGUUUCAAGUACUCUCUCAAAUCACAUGAGAACUCAUACGGGAGAGAAACCAUACACUUGCUCUUUAUGUCAAGAAAGUUUUUCUUAUUCAGACAAUCUCAAAUGUCACAUGAGAACUCAUACAGGAGAGAAACCAUAUACUUGCUCUGUAUGUCAAAAAAGUUUUUCUGGUUAAAGUACU